AAGCUCUACGCCAUGAAGGUCAUGGCCAAGGCGGACACGAGCGCGAAGAUGGCCAAGGUCGAGCGGGACGUGCUCGUGCGCCUCUGCCACGUGCGGAGCCCGUUUUUGGUGUCGAUCUGCUACGCGUUCCAGAGCCGCACCAAGGUCUACAUGGUCAUGCAGUUCAUCGACGGGUCCUGCCUCGAGGCCCAGCAGACGGCGCUCCUGGACUGCGACGACCCCAAAGCGGCGAUCCAAUUCGUCGCCGCGGAGCUCACGCUCGGCCUCGUGCACCUCCACCUCGCGGGCAUCAUCCACCACGACAUCAAGCCCGCGAACUGCCUCGUGCGCCACGACGGCCACCUGUUCAUCUGCGACUUCGGGCUCGCGACGCUCACGGAGGGCAAGCGGGACUGCGGCUUCAAGCCCGCGAAGCUCCAGGACAAGGCCUGCGUCGCCGUCAAAAAGGGCUUCCAGGGCACCGUGCCCUACUCGGCGCCGGAGGUGCUCCAGAAGACGGCCCACGUGUCGUCCGCCGUCGACUACUGGGCGCUGGGCGUGCUGCUCUACGAGCUCUACCACGGGCGGACGCCCUUCGACGCCGCGAAGGCCCGCGACAUGUUCGCGAACAUCCUAUUCAAACAGCCCGCCUACGACGAGUCCCGCGUCGACGCCGCCGCGCGGACCUUCCUGGGGCGCCUCCUCUCCAAGGACGUCAAGGCGCGCCACGGCGUCGACUCCGUCCAGAGCGACCCCUACUUCCACGCCGUAUCGUGGCCGCGGCUCAAGAAGCGGCUCGUGCCGCCGCCGUUCCAGCCGCCCUGCGACUGCGUCGACGAGGCCGACUUCUGCGACCGCUUCGAGAGCGACGCGCUCAUGCGGCGCUGGUACGACGACGCGCCGCCCUCGCCGAGGAGCGACCAGCGGAACUACGAGCUCAUGGCCUUC